GUUGCAAACAAGAAACCCAUAGCCAAAAGUAAUUCCUCCUGUUCUUUUAAGUUGUAAAGUUUCUUAUUUUAGAAGGUGAUAUAUAGUAUUAUCUCUUUUAGCACAAUGAGGUCUUUUUCUGUAUCUCUUAAAUUUGUGUGUCAUAUUUGAAUGUUGCGAGUAAAAAUAGAAACGAAAUAACUAUAGUAUAGUUUAUAGAGAGAAUAAUAUUAAAUAAUGACAAAAGAACAUCGUACAAGUUACCUUAGUUGUUCCCACUCUCAUCUCUGCAUACUUUCAGUGUCUCUCUCUUUCUCUUUUCUGCUCCACUUCUGCAUACAAAAACACUCCCUUUCUCUUAAGUCUUGAGUCUUGUCCUUUCAAAUGUUGGCAUCAUCAACAUGACAUCUACAGAGUCUAGAUCACUUUCUUCAUCCUCAUCUUCUUCUCCAUCUCCAUCUCCAUCUCCAUCUCCAUUUUCUCCUUCUUUCUCUCUCCACAAACCAAACAAAAUCAUGGAAGAAGUCUGGAAAGAUAUCACCAUGAACUCUCUCCCAAACACCCCAAUUCAUCACAUUCAUACAAUUCAUCACCCAACUCCUACUUCCCACUUCAAAGGUAUGAUUCUUCAAGAUUUUCUCAACGCAAGUGGAGCAGGAGAUUCGAGAAUUAAUUCUAUUAGAUCAUCAUCUUCUUCUUCUUCUUCUCCGCUUUAUUCUCCUCCUCCUCCUCCUCCUCCUCCUCCGCCUACUGAAUUUCAAUUCUUUGACAGUGAACGCUUUCAGAUUCAAAGGAAUUCCCCUGUUUCUAAUUUUAUUGCUUUCGAUAAUUCUCUUGCUGCUUCAUUUGGCGUUGCCGAUGACGAUGUUGUCACGGGUAUUAAUAAGAAAAGGUUAUGUCAAGGGGAUGAAGAUGCUUCCGGUGAUCGUAGGUUUAAGCGUAUGAUUAAGAACAGAGAAUCUGCUGCUCGUUCUAGGGCUCGAAAGCAGGCGUAUAUAUCAGAGCUGGAGUUGGAAGUUGUCCAUUUAACGAAAGAAAACGCCAUGCUGAGGAAACAACAGAGACAGUUUAUUGAAGAAACGUCUGCUCAGCUUCCCAAAAAGCAUGGUCUACAUCGAACAUCAACAGCUCCAUUUUGAGACCCAGAUGACAAAGUUUAAGAUUUAGAAAGAAAGAAUGACCCAAACAUAUGUUUUUUCGGGGUGAUGUAAGAUAUUUUUGCAUUGGUGUGGGGGAGUGAGGGAGGGGGGGUUAUUUUUGUUUUUGAUAGUAGGAUUCUGGUGGGGUAGCUUUUACUUUUGUAGUACUACUAUUAAUGGACUGAUGAGAGAGAACCAAAAGAGAAAAACAUGCUAUUGGACAUGUGCAACUUUUUAAUUACCAAGUAGUACUUGAUCUAGUAGUAAAGAGAGCGUCGGGGUUCAAUCUCCACUAGAGGCACUUUAAGGGUAGGAAUUCCCUUUACCCUGGCUCUCAAGUGCCUGGCCCAUUAAGACCCGAGCGUGGUUCGGAUCACUUCUUCUUACCAAAAAAUAAAUUAAAAUGUGCAACUUUUUAAUUGCGA